AUGCAGCGAGGAAUAAGAAACCACGAGUCGGCAAAGAAUAACCAGACUGAGCAAGUUCAGGGACGUAACGGUUGUCCAAAGCCAGAAAAAAAUAUAUCACGAACAAUUUCUGAUGUUACCAGUGGAAGAUAUAAUCCAUCACCUUCAUACAACUUACGAUCAAGGCCAAAUGCUCCUCACUCGACCUUGGUAAGAUUGUUUACUUUAAUAAUUCGUACACAAUUGGAAGUUUUUCUAUCGCUGUUUUUCAAAUAUUUCUUAAUAGAUUAGAAAAAAGCCCCAACUUAUAGAUAGAUACUAGUUGCAUAUUAGAUACACUGUCACUGUAAUAGGAAACUUUCUUACAGCUAUGAAACUGAAUUAAAAGGGAUAUUAAAUAUACAAUAAUAUAAAUUAUUUGAAGUUAAAGUUUGUAAUGUAUACAAUAUAUAUAUAAGUGUAUUAUGAAGCCCAAACAGUACGAAUUAUUCAGCACAAUAGACACUUCUCGAUGUGAUCCACUGUAAAUAAAUAGUUUUCAUCGCCUACCAGCAAUUUCGGGAAGUGUUUGUAGGCUACUUCGUUCUGCGUAGGAGAAAGUUAUUUUUUGCCAUUCAUGAUAAUUUUUUUUUAGGUCGACUUUUAUGUUUACGUUCACGGCGAUCAACCUGUGGAUGACGUCUAUCUUCUAUUUAGCCAUGAAGAACCAAUCUUACUUCGUCGGGUAGGGAGUGAUAUUAGACUGUGGCAUUACCAAUUACCUCUGAGGUGUGAUUUGAAGAAAGAAUACGUUGAAUACUUUUAUCGUAUUCUCAUCAAGGGACACGACUCGACAGUUCCAGUGUUUGGUCGAUGGCUUAGCAAAGAUGCGACAUUUAUGGAUGAAAUUAGCGAACGAAAUAUCAAGUCUAAUAAACAAUAUGACGUGUUUCAUUUUUCUCAAGACAGACGUUACUACCAGGAAACCGUUCCCCAGUCCGUUAUAUUUUACAUUAAGUGGCUUUUACACUCUGUGGAUAUGUCAAAUAUUUCACAGAUUCUGCAGCAAGUCGAGGAAAUGCGUUUUGACUUCACAGCGAAACAUGUCAGGGACUUCAUUGCGUGGAUAGUGGAACAGGUUAUCGGACCAUCUGUUACAGACAUCCAACGUUUAUAUUUAUGUCUCAUUCUUGGUCUUCUAUUCCAGAACUGUUCUAGACAUUUUAGAUUCCCGAACGACAGUAAUUCAAAGCAAGCUUGUGAUCGUUUGCUUGAGUGUUUUAGUGCCCGCGUUCAUUCUUCCUUUCUUUCUCCAUCAAAUCUCAAGAUUUUGGAAAAGUUAGCUAAUACAUUGGUUCAAAACUGUAGCUGUCCAGGCUGGCUCAACCUCGCGGCAACAUUCUACCCAUAUUUAGGGGUACGUUAUGUUUUACAGAAGAAACAUGACUCUGGUUUGAAGUAUAAAUAUGAUAUCAAGGAAUAUCAUAAAUUAAUGGACACGCUCUUGAAGAAUAUUGACAACACUGAGCAGGAAGAGAAUGAGCACCAAAGUUUGUUGCAGGCGGUACUGGAAAUAGCGCCAAGUAAUGACGUCGUCGUCCAGCUGUUCGAUGGACCAGAUACAGGCCGAUUUUUUGCAGAUGAAGCAGGGAAAGAGGACUUCUUUGUGAAAUUUUACCAAGAUUCGCAUCAUAGUGGUAGAAGAAGAGGAGUGGGUGAGAAAGUAGUGGAGUUAUUGAAAAUUCCCCAGAAGUUACGUGAGAAACUGUAUCGUUUGGUGAACUCGUGUUUGUUAGACUUCGUGAGCUCUGACGAGGAGGUGAAAGAAGAACAUAUUAAAGCCUUCAUUGACUUAAUCAUUUUACAUAAUUCUUUGCAACAAUCUCAGGUUGUUGACUUACUUAUUGAGAUAUCUAGAUCAAAAUCGGUUCGUCGCCACGGUUUACUACUGAGGAUACUCCAUACUUCAUGUUUCAGGGCCGACUGGCAUAACACGGCAAUGGCACACAAGGUUAAGAUUUGUAGUACCUGGGUUAACACCAAAGUAGUAAAUGAAACACGUAUGAACAGCGGAGUAGACAAAACCACUGCGGUGUAUCAUGGUAUAGAGGAAUUGAUGCGUUGUUCACUCAAUAAAUCCAACAAUAAACUUGCCGAAGAAGUGUCAAAGACGGUAGUUGAAAACAUUCUGAGGAAUGAAGAAAGUCUGUCUAUUCUUAAAGCGUUUGUUAAAAUUGACAAAUAUUCAACUGUUGUUCAGGAUUGCUACAAAACUCAUGUGAAAGAGAUCCUCGGUCGUGACCGACGACUGAUGAGGAAAUCAGUGAAAAUUUUGGAAGAGUAUUCUAGCUCCAGGUAAUCAUUAGGUUAUUUAUGGGCCACUGCGAUGCCUGUCUUAAGUCAAGCCGUGUGGCAGUAUAGACGGUGCAAAUCUAUCAUCACCACCUUGGCCUGGCUUGGCGUAGCCUAAGGCUCGCAAUCUAAGCACGACUUCAAUGUGCUUUUUGAAUUUUUAAACUUUCGAACUAUCUUCCAUUUCAUUCCCCAUUUCAUUCCCUGUAAAAUAACGGUGAAAGAUUUUAUUAUAACUAAAAGUAAUGUUAAAACUUCAAGCAAAGGUUGAACCAUGCUGUUCAUAGAUCGGAAUUUAAAAUAUUUCCUCCUUGGCAUGCAUUUCAAAGUUCAUCAGAGUAGAGUUAAUGAAAAUUAGCGCAACAAGACUUCGUUUUUUCAACCUUCGUGUUCGCUUAGGUCGGUAUACGUCGAUAAUAAUAUAAAAGGUGUAUAAAACGUAAUACGAUAAAAUUCUAUUUUAGCCUUGGCCAAGAGCUUCUAUCUCUUGUACUGGAUAUAAUAGAUGUCCCGACUAUUGCAAGGAGCAAUGUUGAUGAAGCCAUGUUCAAGACCAUUUUAGAUUGGUGUGAUGUUUGGACCAUCUUACUUAAAGCAAGCG